AUUCCCUUCGCUAACCUACGUGGUGCGCGCGUCCUCUUUAGGUGAUGAACUCAUGAUCCAUGUGACGAUGAGCUGCUCGAGUAAAAAACAAAUGUUUCUCAAGUCCAAUCACGCACGAUUCAACCACCGCCGAUGCCCGAACAAAUCCAUGGAGACCUGGCCGGCCGACCCGAAAUAACAAUCCCGGCGAGCACGAGCUCAAGCACCUCGCCUCCGCCGGCCAUGGAGACCUGGCUGUUCUACACCCUCACCACGCUCCUCGGUCUGCUGUGCUUGCUCCUGCUGCGCGCCCGCGCCCGCAGCUCAGCCGGGGGCAGGGGCCAUGCCGGCGCCGGCGACGCGCUCCCGCCUCUGCCGCCGGGGCCAACGCCGCUGCCGGUGGUGGGCCCGCUGCUCUUCCUGUUGAGCCGCGACUUCGACCUCGAGCCCGCGCUCCGCCGCAUCGCGCGGGAGCACGGCCCGGUCUUCACCUACGCGCCGCUGGGCAGGGCGCUGCUGCCCACCGUGUUCGUGGCCUCCCGCGGCGCGGCGCACCGCGCGCUCGUGCAGCGCGGCGCGGCGUUCGCGUCCCGCCCGGCGGCGGGCUCCGGUGGCGUGGUCACCACCGGCAGCCUUAACAUCGGCGCCGCGCCCUACGGCGCCACGUGGCGCGCCCUGCGGCGGAACAUCGCGGCCGGCGUGCUCAACCCGUCGCGGCUCCGGGCCUUCUCCCCCGCGCGGCGGCGGGUGCUCGGCGCCCUCGCCUCCCGCGUCCGCGCCGCUGGCGGCGCCGGCGGGGACCGCGCCGUCGCCGUGAUGGAGCACUUCCAGCACGCCGUGUUGUGCAUGCUCGUGUACAUGUGCUUCGGGGACCGCGUCGAGGACGCGCGCGUGCGGGACAUCGACGCCGCGCUUCGGGACCUCCUCGGCAGCUUCCGCAGCUUCCAGGUCUUCUCCUUCCUCCCGGCGCUCACCAAGGUCGUGUUCCGGCGGCGGUGGGAGAAGCUCGUCUCGCUGCGGCGGCGCCAGGAGGAGCUGUUCCUCCCGCUGGUUCAGGCGAGGAGGGAGGCCGGCGCCAACGGGGACUGUUACGUGGACUCCAUACUGAAGCUGACCAUCCCCGAGGACGGCGGGCGGGCGCUCACCGACGCCGAGAUCACCAGUCUCUGCUCCGAGUUCCUCGCCGCCGGCAGCGACAGCACGGCCACCGCGCUGGAGUGGAUCCUGGCGAACCUGGUCAAGUACCCAGCGAUGCAGGACAGGCUGCGGGACGAGGUGGCCGGCGUCGUCGGCGCUGCCGACGGCGAGGUGCGGGAGGAGGACCUGCAGGCGAUGCCGUACCUCAAGGCCGUGGUGCUGGAGGGGCUCCGGCGCCACCCGCCGGGCCACUACCUGUUCCCGCACGCCGUGCACGAGGACACGACGCUGGACGGGUACCGCGUGCCCGCCGGCGCGUUGAUCAACUUCGCGGUGGCCGACAUCGGCCUGGACGAGGAGGUGUGGGACGCGCCGUUGGAGUUCCGGCCGGAGCGGUUCCUGCCCGGCGGGGAAGGGGAGGACGUGGACCUCACGGGGAACAAGGAGAUCAAGAUGAUGCCGUUCGGCACCGGGCGGAGGGUCUGCCCCGGCAUGGCGCUGGCGCUGCUGCACCUCGAGUACUUCGUGGCGAACCUGGUGAGGGAGUUCCAGUGGUGCGAGGCCGACGGCGAGGAGGUGGACCUCGCGGAGAAGCUCGAACUCAACGUCGUCAUGAAGCGGCCGCUCAAGGCCAAGGCCGUGCCGCUGCGGCCGCCGCUCGCCGCCAACAAUUCAGCUGCUUGAUCGAGUGUUCUGUUCGAUUAUCUGUAGCUAGCAUGGCAAUCAAUAAAUUGGCAACAGAUGGAUUCUGCUUCUGGCUGCUCUUGCUAUGCAUGGCAUCAGAUUAUACAACCAAAUAUUACUUUCAUCAAUGCUGCAUUAGUGUGCAUGUAUUUGUAUGUACAAUCAGCCAGUUUGUAUCAUGGAAUUUAGAAGCACAAGAACAGAAUGUUUUCGUGGGGAUUUCUUUCGGGAAAAAAAAAACAGUAUGUUUGGUGGACAA